AUGCUUCAGAAAAACCUGCCGAGCACCCAGUCUGAGGUGACCUUCGGCCCCGGUACAUCCUACGAAGACCAGGAUGACAGCAACAGCACCGAAUCCUCCAGUAAUGGGCACACUUCCAAUGGCUCAGAAUUCACCACCAACUGGCCCCCCUACAGCAACGGACCCACCACCAACGGACACACAAGUAACGGGGUAGGGCACGCAAGCAACAGCGUAGUGAGCAACGAGCUCGCGAGCAGCAGCGUAGGGCACCCGAGCGGCGGCGUUGGGCACUCGAGCGGCGGCGUUGGGCACCUGAGCAGUAGCGUUGGGCACCUGAGCAUCGGGGUAGGGCAUGCAAGCAACAGCUUUGGGCACCCGAGCAGUGGGCCCUCGGGCCCAAACCCAGACCCCACCCCUGUACCUGCCCCUGCCCCGGUCCCGGCUCUGGCACCUCCUCUGGCUCCGGUUCCUGUUCCUAUGCCGGCUCCUGUCCCGGCUCCAGUUCCAGUUCCGGCUCCAGUUCCAGUUCCAGCUUCAGCUCCCGUCCCUGCUCCAGCACCUGUUCCAGCUCCUGCUCCUGUCCCUGGCCCAGCCUUUGGCAUUGCUGUGGCUCCAGUCCUUGGCCAGACCCCGGCUCCUGCCUCUGUCCGGUUUCCUAUUCCGGCUCCUAGCUUUGCCUGGUCUCCUCUUCCUUUCUCUGCCCUUGCUCGAGCCAGCCUGGAUGCCCAGGCUACGGCUUCUGCUCUGGCCUCAGGCCUGUCCCAAGCAGCAGCUGCAGCUACUUCUCAACCCUCACUUGCAUCAGCUACUGCUGCUGUUGCGGUGGCGGGUACCUCUUCCUCCUCAGGGACUCUAGAGGAGGCCAUGGCAGCUUCUUCCAACCCCAAGACCAAUCUGAUCGUCAAUUACCUGCCACAGAGCAUGACCCAAGAGGAGUUCUGCAACCUCUUCGCCAAUGUGGGUGAGAUCCAGUCCUGCAAAUUAGUACGGGACAAGGUGACGGGCCAGAGCCUAGGCUAUGGCUUUAUCAAGUUUGUGGACCCCAGGGACGCAGAGAGGGCGAUCUGCUUGCUGAACGGGCUUAGGUGUCCCCCCAAAACCAUUAAGGUGUCUUAUGCUCGGCCCAACUCGUCCUCCAUCCGAGAUUCCAACGUCUACAUUGCUGGCCUGCCUAAGACUAUGACACGGAAGGAGCUGGAACAGCUCUUCUCUCCCUUUGGGUACAUCAUAGCAUCCAGAAUCCUGACAGACAAGGUCAGUGGGACCUCCCGGGGUGUGGGCUUUAUCCGCUUUAAUACCAAAUCGGAGGCUGAGGAAGCCAUCAAGGCCCUCAAUGGCCAGAAUCCCUUUGGUACCCCAGAGCCUCUCAUGGUUAAGUUUGCUCAUAACCAGACCCUAAAGCCCCCUCAGAGCAUGCAGUGGCAGCCACCCCAUCGCUACCAAGGGCCAGCACAGCCUCAGACCUCAAGAUUAGGGCUCGACAACUUGUUGAAUGUAACCUCUGGAGGCCCGCACUUGUCACCCUCCCGCAGUGAUGGCACGACCAGCCUGAUGGAAACGACCUUCCCGGGCCACACUGACAAUGGCUGGUGUAUCUUUGUCUACAACUUGGCCCCCGACUCUGAUGAGAGUGUCCUGUGGCAGCUUUUUGGGCCCUUUGGAGCAGUGGACAACGUCAAGAUCAUCCGGGACUCAAACACCAAUAAGUGCAAACGUUUUGGCUUUGUCACUAUGACCAGCUACGAUGAAGCAGCUUUGGCCAUUGCCAGCCUAAAUGGCUACUGCCUUGGUGGUCGUGUGUUGCAGGUUUCCUUUAAGACCAGCAAAAUUCACAAAGCUUGA